GCAACAUUGAGAACUUUGCUAUUUAGUGUUUUGUCUACACUCUACAGUUUUAUCACAGUUUAGGUAGUUCAUUAACUAAUUUGUUAUAAAUUAUAUAAUAUACUACGAUAAGUUCUAGAAACAAUAAAUUUAAAUUCGUGUUUUUUUAUACAAUUUUUGUAUUUAUACUUAGUAUACUAAACACACUUAAAUGCUUGAAUGUGUUCAUGAGAGAAAAAUUAACAUGUUUGGCUCUAUCGGUAAGCUUGAUGUCGAUUCGGCCGCAGGAAGUCUUGCUCACAGUACAAGUGUCAGUAGUGACAUAUCAAAUCGCACAAAAAUGGAUGUUGUCUGUGUUAUUGAUGUGGUACAAACUAGUAAUCUGUCACACCGUAAAAGAGCACUGGAAGAAGUCAAACAAGCAUGCACAAUGGUUUGCGCUAAUCUCUUUAUUGUUUCGAUUACAGACAUUGUCUUGGUGCAAUAACAUUACAUUGUGCUGCAACAGCAAAACCCUAACUGUAUAAGCCUAUUAAGACAAACUCUAUAAUUAGUCCAAAACAUCAAUUUAAAACUGAACACAUGAAAUAUUUAUGUAAUUUCAUGUUUUUGAAAAAUUAGAUUUUGGUGGAACCACCGAAUUGGAUACAUUUUACAAUGCAGAUGUUGCAGUUGUAGACUUGUCUAUGCAAUUUCAACAGAGUUCACUAUUUUACCAUUUAGGAGUACGUGAAAGUUUUGGAAUGAAACAAAAUAUUAUGUUAUUUAAUGAUCUAGAUACGGAAGUCACUUUACGAUUAAAGUUGUCUUGUGGUGCUUACACAUUUCUUUCAUAUAAGUUAGCUGAUUGUGGUUCAUGUCUUACUACUAACCCCUCUUUUCAAGAUGAAAGCGGAACUUCUGCUUUUGAACCAAGAGUACCUAUUACUGUGAAGUUAAAAAAACUGCUCCAAGAUGUUGAGAUUCAAACUAAAGUUCAUAUUAAAGAAAAAUUUCUAUCCGACUUGAGAAAAGCAAGAGAAAACUUUAUUGGUGAAGAAUUACAUAAGACGUUACAUAUAAUGAGAAAAAGACUUGAUGAUCCACAUGUUCUUUCUGGUGAUGUAGUGCUUAAUAUGCUGAUUUCAUUCAGAGAUAUACAGGAUUAUGAUGCAAUGGUUCACCUUGUAGAAGAUAUACAAACUAUUCCGAACAAAAAAAAUUACAUACAAACUCCAGUAUUACGUUUUCUGUAUCCAUUUGCAUUGAACAGGCGUAAUAAACCCGGGGACAGAGAAAAAGCAUUACAAGUAAUUGAACUGGCUUUGGAAAAAAAAGAAAACCACAUACCUGAUAUGGUUUGCCUAUGUGGUCGUAUUUACAAAGAUAAAUUUGUUGAAUCUUCAUAUAAAGAUAAAUCAGCUCUUCAAAAUGCUAUACAUUGGUAUCGGAAAGGAUUUGAAGUACAGCCUAAUGAAUAUGCUGGUAUAAAUUUAGCUACAUUGUUAGUAAUUGCUGGAAAUGAGUUUUCAAAGUCUGAAGAACUUCAGCAUAUAGGUAUGGUUUUGAACAAUUUGAUUGGCAAGAAAGGUAGCUUAUGGUCACUCAAAGAGUACUGGGAUGUAGCAACUUUUUUCGAAAUCAGUGUCCUAGCUGAAGAUUACAGCAAAGCAAUACAAGCUGCUGAAUGUAUGUUUAAGCUUAAACCUCCAAACUGGUACUUGAAUUCAACAGUAGGAAAUAUUUUGCUAAUCAGUAGAUUCCGUAAAAAAAGUGAAGAAGUUGAAACAACAGCUGAAGAGCAAAUUUUUAGUUUCUGGAUGGAUUAUUUCGUUGAAGCUACCAAAACUGAAAUUGAUGAUAGUAUUCGAUUUCCAAUAUUAGUAUUAGAACCUUCUAAAAUAUUUAUGCCAAGUUAUGUUAAUGUAAAUCUUGGCGCUGAGGAAAAAUCAAUACAUGUUUGGAAUUUAUGUAUGGAAAAUAUGCGAGGCAAUUGCAAACAAGUGCAUGAUUGGUUAUUUGUUGCCAACAUGAUUCGAGGUGUCAGUUCAUACAAAAGGGAUGAGCGAUGCUUAUUUUUAUACGUCCAUGAAAACUCUGAUGAUUUUCAAAUGUUUUUUCCUUCGUCUCAAUGUCGACAACGUUUUUAUGAUCUCAUCAUACAAAUGACCGAAGGUGAAGAAGGAAUGAUGACAAAUUUAGAUAUUGAUUCUACUGGCGAACAAAUCAAAUUUGAAUACGAACUUGACGAUUCUGAGAAAAAGAUUGUUCUGGGUAAAGGUACAUAUGGAAUUGUUUAUGCAGCGCGUGAUCUUAAUACUCAAGUCAGAAUUGCUGUAAAAGAAAUACCAGAGAGAAACCUUGGUGAUGUUCAACCUUUGCAUGAAGAAAUCAAACUUCAUUCUCAGUUGCGACAUCGAAAUAUUGUGCAGUAUUUAGGUUCAAUAUCAGAAAAUGGUUUCUUUAAAAUAUUCAUGGAACAAGUUCCCGGAGGGAGUUUGUCUGCUCUUUUACGUUCUAAAUGGGGUCCAUUGAAGGAAAAUGAAUCUACUAUAUCAUUUUACACCAAACAGAUACUCGAAGGCCUAAAAUAUUUACAUGAUCAAAAAAUUGUUCAUCGUGAUAUAAAGGGUGACAAUGUUUUAGUGAACACAUAUAGCGGUGUAGUAAAAAUUUCUGAUUUUGGAACUUCUAAACGUCUUGCCGGACUUUGCCCAAGUACAGCCACAUUCACGGGAACACUACAAUACAUGGCUCCUGAAGUCAUAGACAAAGGUCAAAGAGGUUAUGGUGCUCCGGCUGACAUUUGGUCUUUAGGAUGUACUGUUGUAGAAAUGGCAACUGGUAAACCACCAUUUAUAGAACUUGGAUCACCACAAGCAGCUGUUUUCAAAGUCGGUUAUUAUAAAAUGCAUCCAGAAAUUCCACCUGAACUCAGUGAACGAGCCAAAAACUUUAUACUCCGCUGUUUUGGAGUUGAUCCUGAUCGACGUGCAACGGCUACUGAUUUGCUGGAAGAUUUGUUUAUGUCUGAGAAGAAGAAAACUUCUAGAGCUCUUACUGCUCCACUAGAAUUUAACCGUAGCAUAUCUGUACCAGCAGAAAAGGGCUUAAAAACCAACCAAGUGUCAAUUGAUCAAGAAAUUAUUAAUGAUAAUGCAAAUAAACAAAAAAUUCCCACUGAAGAUAGCUGGUUAACAAAAUCCCAACCCGAAACAACCAAACGAAACCAGUUUCUCUCUCCCAUCAGCUUACCAAACAUGCUGCACCCUCAUGACAGUUUUGAUACACACGACGGCCACAGACGACAAUCGUCGGGAACGUUAGUGUCUCCCGAAAUCGACAUGGGUACAGCAGGAAGUUCUGAGCAUGAUGGUUUCUACAUGUUGAAAAAGGACUCUCAGCGUAGAACGACAUUGGCUCGUGUCUUGGCUCAUGACCAAUUAACUCUGUGUAAAAUUUGGAUGUCCUAUAUUCGACGCGAGUUUGGCCAAUCCAUGUUGGAAGAAGAACACCUUGAAAUGCUGAUGAAGGGCCUCAGGGAUUAUAUUACCAAUCAAAACAGGAAUGUAAUUGAGAAGACUAUCUACAAUUUAAAGGAUCAACUAGAUUUUGACUCAAAUGCUGUGCAUCAAUUAAACUUUUCCUUGUAUUUAUUUCAAGAAGCAGCAAAAUCCGUACUACGGCUACAUAAAAUCAAACCUCAUUGGAUGUUUGCUCUUGACAAUUUAGUGCAUAGUGCAGUGCAAGCAGCCAUUAAUGUUUUAACACCGGAAUUUGGCGAUAUUCUUCCUGGCAAAGACAUUAAACAUGAAGGUAGUAUAUUCUCCAUGACAGAUGAUACAAAAAAUAGUUCCCCCUCAUUUGGUUCAUCGAUAAAAUCUCAUAAAACAGAUGAUAGCUAUUUAGAAAGUCUAUCACCGAAGGGCAAACAUGAACUUCAUAAACGUCUACUUAUGGUCCAAGCUGAAAAUCAUAGGUUGAUGGAAGAAGUAUUAGAGUAUCAAAAAGUAUACAAUACUUUAUUGAAAAAAACAUUAGAAGACCAAAAGAAUCAAGUAGCUUUAUUAAAAACUAUCGCUGAACAAAAUGCUUUAAUUGUUGAUUCCUGUGAUGUCACAAUUAAUAUUAGUGAAGAAAUUGAUGAAGACAAUAAAGAUCUCAUAGAGUGGUUACGUAUUAAAGGCAUCGACGAACAAUCAAUUAGACGGAUAGUUUAUGAACAGUUUACAUUUGAUGAUUUACUAAAAAACGUCACUAGAGAAGAUCUUAGAAGCCUAAGUUUGAGACGCGGUGUCGAGUUGAAACUAUGGAAAGCAAUUGAAAGACAUAGAUUAUUGAAUGAGUCUUCAAACCCAGAUGGAAUUACGCAGCAUAUGAUUAACCAUUUAAAUAAUAACUAUGUUGAAUAGUUACCACUCAUUAACCUGUAUAAUUAUUUUAGUAGGUAUAUCUUAUUAUGUACAUUUAAUUAUGUGCAAUAAUGUUUUUGUUUAUCCAUUACAGUAAUAAAUCUAAUAUUGGUUUUAUAAUUAUUACUUACAUAACUAUAGUUUAAAAGUAAUUUAUUACAAUAAAACUAUUUUUGGUAUAUUUUCUA